CUUGUCGGUAAUCUGGACUCAAUCCAGCAGCACCUGUGCGAUGCAGAUACCCCGCCUCUGGAUGAUGGUCAUUGGGCCAGGCUGAAGUCAUGAAGCUGGCCAUAUUUGUCAACACCCUAUGGCUUGUCACCAUCUCUUAAACAACAGCCUGUCUUCUGCCGAAGCGACACCAGAGACUUGGUGCUUCCGCAAGUACGGCAGCUGAGGGACUCAGCUUCAGCUAAAUCAUGAGGAACGGUCAUACCGAUGAGACUCUAUCAGUCGUCAGCCGGGUGGUAACGGCAGAGGCUCAUCAGCAGAGCUCGGGGACUCUCGAGCCUGUAGCCCCUGAUCUGAGCAAGGCGAAACAGUACACAAUCACCUGCCUCAUUCUAAUAUGCAACUUUAUACAGUUUAUUUCUAUGUUUUCCACCGUGGCAGGAGGGUUCGCGUUCAGCGCCAAACUUGGCCAUGAAGCUAAACCAGGACAAGCAAACUGGAUGGCUGCAGCAUACUCACUUACACAAAGUGCCUUUGUCCUAAUCACCGGCCGUCUCGGAGCAAUCUACAGUCAUCAAAGGUUGCUUCUGCUGGGCGUUUUCAUCAUUACCGUCUUCUCGUUGUGCAACGCUUUCUGCAACACGUAUGUGUCAUUUGUGGCGGUUCGCGCACUCACUGGAAUAGGGGGAGGUAUUGUCAUGCCUAAUGCCGUUGCCACCCUUACGAUCAUGGUUCCUCCUGGAAAGGCUCGCAAUAUCACCUUGGCUACCUUUGCAGCUACACCGCCAGUGGGCGCAUUGGUCGGAGCGUUACUGGCAGGGACCUUUCUCCAAUAUACGGAGUGGAAAUGGCAUUUCAUUCUCAUUGCGUGCCUCGGGUUCCUGUGUGGCAAGGUUGACGCAAUUGGAGCAUUCCUGGGUCUCAGUGGGCUCCUAUUGUUCAACAUAGCUUGGAAUCAAGCUCCUUCCACCGGAUGGCAAACCUCAUAUGUGAUCGUAAUACUGAUCCUGUCGGUACUAUUGAUGAUAUCGUUCUUCAUCUGGGAGAGCCGGUUUGCAGACGAGCCGAUAAUGCCUCUGGCUGUCUUCACCGCACCCAGCUUCAACGCCCUCAUCUUCGUCGUCCUUUUUAUCUACAUGUCCGUUGGCAUCUCGCUUUGGUACAUGGUCGCCUGGCAGCAGCUCCUCCGCGGUUGGACCGUAUUGCAUGUUGCAAUUGGCUGGAUUCCCUACGGAAUUGGCGCUUCCAUAGCCGUUACGCUCGCAGCCUGGCUUAUUACUGUCCUGGAGGCACAGUACAUACUGAGCCUUGGAUGUCUCACGUCCAUCGUUGCAUGCGUCCUGUUAGCGACCAUGCCCGAACAGCAAAUCUACUGGGCGCAGGUCUUCCCUGCGACUGUCAUCGGCAGUCUCUGUCCUGAUUUUGUCUACGUUGCCGCGCAGAUUAUUGCGAGUAACAGUGUUGGGAAACGAGAGCAAGGCGUUGCUAGUAGCCUGAUUGGGACCCUCAAUCUCUACGGGAAUAGCUUGGGAUUGGGGUUUGCUGGCACCAUCGAAGUCCAGGUUGCGAAGAAUACCAGUGAGGUCACCGGAAUCCGCGCAGGGUUGUGGUUCGGGGCUGGCUGGGGGAUGAUGGCUUUGCUCAUUGAUCUGAUCUUUGUGAGGAUGCGACAGCAGAGUAUUUCUAGUCAAGAUGUGACUGAGGUUGAACAUGACUGA